GUACCUACCUUGGUAUAUACCCCGCAGCUUAUUUGGAUUAUUCAUUUGAUUAUAUCUUUUCAGGGCGAUAGUAAUCACCAUGACGAACGGAAAGAUCAAAUGCUUUCUUGACAUUGCCUCCUACUUCAGCUACGUUGCCUUUGCCGACCUACUGCCCAAUCUGGAUCUGUUGGCUGCUCAUGGCAUUGAGGUCGAAUUCGUCCCGGUUCUGAUUGCAGGUAUCAACACCAAAUCAGGCAACAAGCCGCCAUGGACAUUGCAAGCAAAGGCCAAAUAUCUGCAGUACGAUGCGGAUCGGGCAACAGAGCGAGUUGGAAAGACCGGCAUCUCAUUCCCCAAAGACUUCUUGUCCAUGGCCUUGACCGUGCUUCCGCAGCGAGCCAUGCACUACGUCAAGCGCAGUUACUCCACCAAGCAGUACCUGACUGUGAUGCACUACCUGUUCCACGUCUUCUGGACGCCGCCGCACAAGAACUUGACCAAGGAGGAGGUCUUGAGGGAGGCUCUGGCGAGCGUGCCAGCUGACUUCCCUGGUCAGGGUGCUCCUAUGUUCACAUCUCAGGAGGUUGACGAGAUCCUCAAGGCCGCGGGGACGCAGGAGUACAAGGAUGCCCUCACGAGCAGUACCGAUGAGGCCGUGGCCAAGGGGGCCUUCGGGGCGCCUUGGAUAUGGGUAACAAACGCCCAUGGUGCACAAGAGCCCUUUUUCGGGAGUGAUCGCUUCAACCACAUUUACAAGUUCUUGGGCUUGCCAUUUCGCGACAUUGAGUUGCUCCCGCCGACAAAGGAAUCAAAAAUCUAAUUUUGAUUAUUUUGGUUGCGUUUGUGAUUCUCGUCAAUAUUAAAUGGGCUAGGAUCUGUCUACGUACUUUGAACUACUACGUUGCGGUACACGCGAUGCCAUAAACGUUAGCCAACAGUUUCUUCUUCCAUGUUUUCAAGCAAAGACUCAAAGCUAUCAUAAACCAAUUGAGAGCCAGCAAAUUGUUUCCAUAUUUAGUGCCCCUACAACACGUUCGUUCAAAAUCAACUCGCUGGUUCGCAUCGCAAA